AUGCCGCAUAAAUAUAAAAGGAAAAUAGAAGCACCCGAUCGUGCUCGUUGGUCAAAAGAAGCCCUUUGCAAAGCUUUUAUGGAAUUGGAUAAAGGCCAGGUCGGUUUGAAUGAAAUAUCUCGUCGUUAUGGUAUUCCAUCUCGAACUUUGAGGAGGCGAUAUUAUAAUGAAUAUAACUAUGAAAAAAUUACUUUGGGACAACGUACCACACUGGACUUUGACAGUGAGAAAAUUCUCGUAGCUCACAUUCAAAAACUACAAAAGGCAGGCGUACACACAACACGACAGGAUGUAAGAAGACUAGCUUUCGAAUUUGCCGAGAAACUUGGUUUAGAAAAACGUUUUAACAAAGAAACACGUAUGGCUGGUUAUUAUUGGCUCCAAUCAUUUCUUGAACGACACCCAGUACUCCGUAUUCGCGAGGCAGAAGUUUCCGGUAUGUCUGAAGAUAUUACUCAAUGGAAUGCACAAAACUGUAAAACAACAAAUACUGUGAAAUAUAGCAGUAACUCUGAACGUUGCAAACGGUAUAGAGAACGAAAAAAAUUGCUUGAACUACAAAAACUGCUAGCUAACAACGAAGUUUUGCAUGCUCCAACAACAUCAAGUUUACAAAAAACUUUUGAUCCUCAGCUUAUUACAGCAACAGUUGCACCCAAGAUGGAUUUAAAAGAUGUCCCAACAGCGAAGAAUGCAAAUGAAUUGGAUAAGUUCAAACGGCGACUAAUACGUGCCAUUGCGAGGCUGCUGUUCAUUGAAAAUAAAGAUGAUACACAGAUAUGGCAGGAAUUGAAGAAAGAAACGGGAUGGGACUGUCAAUUAUUGUGGACGCGAAUGAAGGCAUUGACCAUAAAGAAACUGGUUAGGCUAUUAACAGCGGAGGAUAAGUUAGAAAAUAUAACAAAAAUUGCUCGACUCUCAUUCACUGAUUGGCUGCUUUAUGAUCUAGUUUUAGUGCACGAGAAAGUGGACGUUAUAGGCCAGGAUUUACCUAUUAGGGAGGAACCGCGUUUUUUAAGAGAAAUCUUUGAGUUGGUGAUAGAAUUUCAUAUAGAAUAUUCAUACCAAGAAGAUUUGGCGAAGAAAUGGCUUGAUGCAACCGCCAAGUACAACAAAGACGGUAAACGUCACAGUUCUCCGAUGUUGCUCCAAAAACGUUGGUAUCAGCUUAAAGAACUUACCAGAAGCAAGUUCUACAAAUUUUGGUUCGAAUACCGUGGGGAUGCCAAGAAUCUAGAUAGAGCCAAAAUAUUUAAGCCAACGGAACUACAGAUGGAUAUUGUUAAAACGUAUAAAGAAGUAGUGACGCAGCCGUUUCUUUGUUGGGAGGAAUUGGUCAAAACGAAGAGAGUUGUUCUGCCGGAGGACUUUGAGCGAGUUCGUCUGGAACUACAAAAGAUGAACGUAACCGAAGACGAGCCGGAACUCCAAGUUAUAGAGCCACAAGUUGAAACUAUAGAUUUAGAUGAAAGUAAUGAUGAAUCGAACAAAUCACCCAACAAUAACGAUAAAGAUAAUGCAAGUGAUGGCAAUAUUGGCAUAGUUAAGGUUGAGUCACUAUCAGAACAAGACGACGUCAGUGUGUUAGAAUCUGUGUACAUACCUGCAGAGAAUCCUAGAAUAAAUUAUGUUAAUGAAGUAGAAGUUGACGUAAUAGGAACAAGUGAUGAACAAAUCAUGCCAAAAAUAACAUCAGUAAUAGGAGCUGCUGAUUUACAACCUACAGGGAGUUUGGAUAAAGCCAAAGAACCUGAAAUAGAUUAUAUAGAAAUAGAAGUAGAUUUAGGGCCUAGUUCAGAAGCCACGGCUCAAGUCAACGAAAUAAUAGAGGAUAUCGUUACAAAAGCAGUUGAUAGCAAUCAUAUUACUGAAACGGCUAAAACCACCAAAAAUUCCACGCCUGAUGUUAGCAAGAACAUCGAAAAAUUGCAAGCUAAUAUAGAUUUGGAAAUAGAUAAAGAUGAGACUGAUCAGAAAGAUAAUAUAAAAAAGGCAGAUGAUAAUGUCAAUGUUAUUAAUGAUAUGGAUUUUGGAUUCCCAAGUGAUUUCAACUCUCUACAGGACUUAAUGGAGUUUGAAGAUGAUGGUAUCGAAUAUGUAGAAGAAGAUUAUACGUCAGAACCGCAGUCCAUAAGAAAAAGAUCGUACGAAGAAACAAAAGAUACGACAGAAAAGGAAUUAAAAAUAGACGAAAAACUACUUCUAACUCCGCUCGUGUAUACCAAAAAACUUGAUGAUAUGGAUGUAUUCCGAUUCCUAGAUUACAAUUCGGUUACGGAUAAGCGUGUCUUAGAAAAUGCGACUCUAGAAAGCAAACCUAUAUUUAUGAAAACGAUUGAGAACACAGAUAAUACACAAGAGAACGAAUCUGAGGCGGAAACUGAUAGUAAUGACAACGAAGAAGCUGAAAGCGCUAUAAAUUUAUCAAGUUGGUACUUUCAAAAACCUAAAGUGAAAAGUUACAAUCCCAUACAAUUGUGUAAAAAUCCGGAUUUUAAUACGAGAUUAAAAAGACUGCCAGUCGCUUUUCAUGUUUCCGAACGAAAUCGAUUGCAAUUGAAGCAAUGCAAGCCCCUAACCAUCGAUCUCCACAAAGCAUUUGAAAGUUUGCUCGUUGACAAUACAUUAUAUUUGCAAGGUGAUAAUCAGAACUCUUGUAUAGCAAACGAUCAUGAGGAUAUUCCUGUAACAAAUGAGAUUGAACCCCCGAAAAUAAUUGAUUCUAUUAAAGAAAACUCCGUCGAAAGUAAAGAAGUCGGUUCGAAAGUACAACCCGAAACACAUAUAGAAAGAAAUAAAGUUAUAAACUUGCCUGAUAUAGAUCAAAUACGUCGUGUUAACCAAGGUCUUCUGAUUGCUGAAGUCUCACCAAUUCUAAUAUCUGAUACAGUUCAUGAAACAGAUGUUGUCAAACCACCGAUUACAUUAUUAAAAAGUUAUCAAGAAGCUUCACACGAUACAACAGCCAUAAGUGUUACUAAAAAUAGUUAUGAAGUUAAAAAUAUUAGUGAAGUUGAAGACAUUAGUGAAGUUAAAAAUAAUAAAGAAGUUCAACAUAUUGAAGUUGAAAUAAUGAGUGGAGUUGAAAAUACAAAUAAAGUUGAAAGUAUUAAUAAAGAUCAAAAUAUCAAUGAAGAUGAAAUUAUCGUUGACGUUGAAAAAAUCGAUGAAGUUGAAAAUACUCAUAAGGGAUUUUCAUCGGAAAUAAAUUCAACAAUACAGAAUGACAUUAAUGGAAUACGUGAAAAGGAAUAUGAUUGUAUUGACGUAGAAGAAAAUGAAAUAACACAAGCAAAUGUUACAGAAGAUAAUUCAAAACAGAUAGAAAAAGUACCAAAAUCAAGCAGCAACAAGGCAAAACGAAUUAAAAUAAAACCAAAAUCAACUUUUAGGAAACAUAUGGCGUUAUCGUGGUAUCCGAAAGUACCGACUUUAAAUUUGAAUUCAGGUGAUUGUCUCUUAGCCGCUGAUACGGUUGAGAGAAUAUUGAAUGUAUGCCAGGACGAUUACGUUCCAAGCGUAAAUCUACCUCCAAAAAAGAAAAAGACUUUCAUGCAAACGAACGUAACGAAUGUCGAGGAGCAAAAGAACGAAGAGGUUGCUACUCCACCAGUGGAAAGUGAGAAAGUUGUAGAAAACAAAUGUAUAAACCAGAAAUUUGAAAAAGAUAAACCGCAUAAGAAAAGCAAAAAAAAUAAAAAGAAACGUAGUACCGUCACUACAGACGUCAAGAAUAUUUGUUGUUGGGCGCGUCAUAAAACAAACAAUUUCGCAAACCGUAAUACAGUGAAACAUUUAUGUCGUGAGAAUCAAUGUAUUUGUUGCUGUAAAACUGACCUCGAACUUAAAAUACAAGAAGAAAUAAAGAAAAAUGAAUGGAUAGUGCUAUCUGAUGAAGAGCCUGUUUCGAAGGUGUCUAUUGGUAUAAAUACAGAUUAUGACCCAGAAUUUGAAGAACAAUUUGCAGCUAACCUCAUUUUACAUAACAAAAAUCAAUUACCCAUUCCCACACCUACAAUGAGAUUGGUUUUCGGUAAUCAUAGAACCUUCAGUAUUGAUAGCGGGUGUCAGACAUCAAUGCUAAAUUGUACUGAACCGCCGUCAUCUCGCAAAAUAACUAGUAAUAAUCCUGUUGAACCCAGUACAAAAUUAGAUAAGAACAAAUUCCCAAUAGGUCUUGGUAAAAAUAAAAUUUUGCUUUGUUCAUUUAAAUCUGCUGAUGAGGCUGUUGGUGGUAAGAAGAGUAAAAUUUUGAGUGCGAAUGAAAACAAUCAGAAUGUUUUGCCUAUGGGUUGUCAAUUAGUACUAUUACCUAAUGGGGAACUUGUAGUGUCUAUUGAGCCCGGUGUAGAGUUGGAUGAAGAACAGAUGUCUAAAGUAGAGACAAUCUUAAAGUUAGUUCAUAAAGAAAUUAAUAUGAAUCCAAAUUAUAAAUCAGAAAUUCCAAUUUUGAGCAACGUAACUACGGUUGAUCAUCCCAUAGGUCUCGAAAUCUCGAAACAUGGUGUUAUUUUGAAUCCUAAUGAUGCAACCCCAACAGAACUUAAUAUGGAUGUUAGCUUAGCCACAAAAAUAACAGAACCUGUUGUAGAACAAAUAGUUUCUCGUACAGAAAAUUCAAAUAGUUUAACAGAUCAAAAUCAAUCAUCUGAUUCAAAAACUAUGGAUAAUGAAUCAACCACUGAAAACAGCGAUAACCCAGGAGCUAAAAAGAAAACAAUAUUAUCAGAUUUAAUGCAGAUGUCUGGUAUUUCUACGGACGACGUGAAUGUCAGUAAUGAGACGACCACAAAUGAUACAAGUUUACCGAAAAUUCUAAAUGUUUCAUCAUUGUCUGAAACUCAAACUCCUGUCGUUACAGCAGAUACACUCCAAAAAGAAUACAAUAACGUAUCCAUGAGAGUCACCAGUGAACCUAUUUUCAACAAUUCAAUUGUUCGAGCCGCGUUAAUGAGAUGCCCUGAAUUGAAUAUAGUGACAUCAUUUCCCGAAUUAAAAUAUGCUUUCAAAAAUAACGCUCAAUUCUUUAAAAUGGACAUCAAGACAGGAAUAAUUGUUCCCAUAAAUUUGUGCGUAAAGAAGAACCAAAAAAAUUCAAAGAAAAAGAAAGAUGUUUCAAAAGCACCACAAGUAAUUGACUUAACUGAAGGUGAUGUUGGUGAAAAACAAAAUCUGUGUACUUCAGAACAAAUGUCGAAUGAUUCUGAACAAGCUUGUAAUGAUUCAGAAAAAGAUUUAAAUAUAUCUGUUGCGAAGCCAAACAACGAAAUGGCUGAACCACAACCAACUGACAGUCUAUGUGCCGGAAGUGACGAAAAUGAGCAAAACAAUUUAGAUGAAGAACAAAACUGGUCCGUUAAACCGAUCAAAAUGUUUAAAGCCUACCAUCCAUCCAUACUAAAGUAUUCCAGUAAGAGUAUUCUUUGCCGUCCUUUGAAAAACUCCGAUACAACACCUAAUAUAAGAAUUAUUAAACACAAAAGAAAACAAGAUUUAAUUGCCAAAGAUACAAAUGAAGAAACUUCAACCGGUGUAAUUACAUCGAAGAUAACUGAAAGCGAAUAUGAUUCUGAUGAUGAACCGUUAUCUAAAAAGUUGAGACGAAAAAGUUAUAUAAAUCAACCAGAUAUGAAUAAAACAACUAACUCCCAGCUGGCGAGGCAUGAGAAUAAGAGAUAUAACUUAUCGUAUACUGGUUCCAGUUUAAAACCUCACCUGGAACCGAUUCUCUUUGAAGAUAACGAUAGUCAAACCUCUGGUGAUGACUGUAUACUUGGCGUUUAG